AUGGACAUGAUAAGGGAAAAAUUCUGGUUAUGCCUGUUUUUCGUUUUUACAGUGUUUAUUCAACUGAAAAGUUAUUGUGCUGUAGUCGAGGGUGGAGAUACUAUUUCCUUGGGCGCCUCGAUUACUGGAAAUCAGACAAUAAUUUCGAAGAAUGGCACAUUUGAAUUGGGAUUCUUCAGCCCAAAUGGAACCAAUAACUGGUAUAUCGGCAUCUGGUAUGCCCAUUUGACAGAGAAGACAUUCAUUUGGGUGGCUAACAGGGAGAAUCCCGCGAGAAACAGGUCUGGCGUUUUAAGGCUGUCAAAAGAAGGUGAUCUGGAACUGUUCAAUGCAGAGGAGUUUCGACUAUCCUGUGGACACUUGGUUGCCAGGGAUGAGGUUUGGUGGAGAGCAAAAGCUAGUCUGUUGGAGAAACUCAUUCGAUCCUGCUCCCGGGCCUUUCUCCUUUCACGUGGAUCCAUUGGGGCCAAACAACUCGUGCUAACAUUGAAUAAUUCUCCACAGUUUUGGGCGAGCGGAAGUUGGGACGGCAAUGUUUUCAGUCAAAUUCCAGAAAUGACAAGCUUGUGCUACAAUUUCAGCUUUGAAAAUACUAACUCUAGUUUCUAUGCCAGUUAUACAUCGAAGAAUGGGACGUCUUCUGGUCUCGGCCCAGAGAUCAACGUGACAUAUAUGGUUUCUGCGGCGCUUACGGACGCUGCAGCUCCAACAAUCUUCAGUUCUGCAGCUGCGUGGAAGGCUUCACCCCUACAGACACUCGCUCCUGGGAUUCACAAGAGUCGUGGUCUAGUGGCUGUGUUCGACUGA